AUGACAACUGGAGGAAACGUGGGAGGUUCUGAAACUGAGCAAAAAGAAGAUUCCGUUCAAACAGUACCAGACGACAUAUUUAAACAAAGAGAAGCUGUUCUUGCUGAAGGAUUCCCUGUCCAAGUUCGGGACAGCUUACAAACCGCCAUGGCUCGAAGAAGCGCAGAAGACGGUAAAGCAAGACAAGACGCAGAAUUUGAACUUGCUAAAGGAUUCCCUGUCCAA